CAUGUGACCAGGGAGGGCAAGGAGUGGUUCAUGUGAUAAUAACUAGAAAAGCUCAGUGAAGAGUGCCAGAGGUGUGGCAGAACUGCUGAGUGAACAGAAAGCCGCUCAAGAUUAGUCUAAUUACUUUAUUUGGUAGGCAUCAACAAACUUGUUUUUUUAAAAAAUUGUAUUUCCCCCCACUUCAUUUAUACAAACACACACAGAAGACAACAUGGACUUCGGAGUGAUUGCUUCCAAGACUGUAUUGUUCUUGAUCAGCCUCAUUUUUGGGGCUGCAGCAAUUGGACUCUCUUACGUUGGGGGAUAUGUUCUCAACAGUUACAAGGUGUAUGACCCCUUCCUUCAAGACAAAUAUGCUCUCUUGCCGGCGGUUAUCAUCAUUUGCGUUGCCGUGGUGAUGUUCAUAAUUGGGCUGAUUGGCUGCUGUGCCACCAUCCGCGAGUCCAAGGUUGGAUUGGGCGUGUUCCUGGUCAUUAUCCUGAUAAUCUUCACUGCUGAAGUGGCAGCCAUUGUCCUUGGAGUUAUUUACAGAGGAAAGGUAAAAACUGAUUUGCAUGAUCCGAUGCUGCAAGCGCUCAGGGCCUAUGAUGGGAAAACAGAAGAUUCUAAUGUCUUCGGUUAUUUACAACAGGAGCUUCAGUGCUGUGGAGUCCAAAACUACACUGACUGGAUCGGUACCAGAUGGUUCAAUACCACAGGCAACAACAGCGUCCCUGUGAGCUGCUGCAAGCAAAGCCUUGUCAAGAACUGCACAGGACAGUUGAGCAAGCCACAGUUUCUCAAUACACAAGGCUGUGAAGAGAAGGUGGAAGCUGGCCUACAGAGUGUCCUCACCUAUGCUUUGCUUGUCAUCCUAGGAUUUGCCAUCAUAAAGUUCCUUGGAAUGCUCAGCGUCUGUGUGCUGGCCUGCAAGAGAGAAGACAAUGGCUACCAGCCCUUGAAUUCGGGGGUAUUUGCUUGACAAGAAGCGGAAGGGUGACUUUCCUUUUGCUCUUCCGUGAAGCAAACGGACUUGAAAAAAGAUGCCUUGGACAAAAAACGUUUGUCUACUUUUGUAAAAUGCCAAAGGAGAUUGCAGUAGCUUCCAGAAGUUGUAUUAAAUGUGAAACGACUUGGCUUUAACAAAUUGAUUCAGCCUAAGAUUCUUGGAUGUAGCUGAAUUAAGGUGAAUCCCUCCCUCCAGACGUUUGGACUACAACUCCCAUUAUACCCUGCCAGGAUGGCUGAUGGUUCUGGCUGGGGAUGGUGGGAGUUGUAGUCCAACAUAACUGGAGGACACCAAGCUAGGGAAUGGCUGCCUUAAAAGAACAGCACAUGAAUCCAUAAAUCAGAAAAGGGGUAACGUUUCACUGAUGUCUGGGUGUGUUUUCUUUAAAUAUAAUUAAAGAAAUUAUUUUUCAAA